AUGCGUGCCGACCCAACCACCCUCCAACCAACAGAAAGACACACCCAAGUCCCAAUCCCCUCAAUCACAAAACUACUUCAAUACCCAAAAUACCUCUACUUCGCCUAUGGCUCCAACCUCUCCCCCUCCCAAAUGAAAACCCGCUGUCGCAUAAACCCCACCCACUCCGCCACCCCACUAGCAAUCGCAACCCUCCCGCAAUGGCGCUGGUUAAUCUGCGAAGCGGGCUACGCAAAUGUCCUCCCACCACCUGGUCUGCGCGUCGCGAAUCAAGACUCCGAGAUCGCGCAUAAGAUCCCUGUCUCCGGGUCUGAGGACGCGGUCUACGGCGUUCUUUACCAGAUGGAUCUUGGCGAUGAGGGGAUUCUAGAUGGUUACGAGGGCGUUGAUACAUCUGCUGCGGAUGCGGGGGCCGGGGAUGGUGUGCCCAUUUCUGUGAGGCCCCGGGUGCAGGGAGAUGGAUCUUAUAAUAAGUGGUUUGUUGAGGCGGAUGUUGUGACGUGGUUAGAUGGGGCGGAGGGGGUUAGGGCGGGGCUUGAAGACGGGGAGGGGAAGGUGCCGGUUUUGGUUUAUGUUGACGAGAACUGCGUUAGGCUUGCUGGGCCCAAGUUUGAGUAUAUUGCAAGGAUGAAUCGGGCUAUUCGGGAGUCUGUGGAUUUGGGGGUUCCUGCGGGAUGGGUGGAGGAGGUUAUGAGGAAGUUCAUUCCUAAGGAGUGA